UUUUCCCGAGCGGGUACCUCUUGGCAACGCACAGCGAACCCCUAGUUUCCGACAUAACUCCUGUGACGUGUCCUUCCAAUGUAUUAAAUACAAGAUGUCCCCUUAUCUGAGCAAUUCGCUCUACAUUCCCGUUCUUGAGUUGCUCAUCCUCUACUAGUAGUAGAGCAUGUUGUCAAUCGCCAACGUUGCUUGGCUGAACUUACUAUGCCUUACAGGUGUCGGAGUCUAUCUGGUAAAGCGGGUGGUCAUCAGGAAGAAUCCUGCACCGUAUCCACCUGGUCCCCGGGGAUGGCCUCUCAUUGGCAAUGUUUUAGAUAUGCCUCGCAUCAAGCCCUGGCUCACAUUUACUGAGUGGGGUCAGAAGUAUGGUGAUAUCACGCAUAUCGAGGUUCUGGGUCGGCACAUAAUUGUGCUAAACUCUACCAAGACUGCAUUGGAAAUGAUGGACAGUAAAAGCCUUUUGUAUUCUGACCGUCCUAUUCUUCCUAUGGCGGGCGAACUUGUUGGCUGGAAGGACUCUUUGCCUUUCCUUCCUUAUGGUGACCUUUUUCGCCAGCACCGCAGGAACUUCCAUCGGGUCAUCGGCAGUCGCGCCGCAGUGGACGUAUACAACGUGGUCGAGGAAGUUGAGACUCACCGAUUCCUGAAGCGCGUGCUUGCGGAACCCGACCAGCUGCAAGAGCAUAUCCGACACACUGCUGGCGCUGUCAUUCUGCGCAUCUCUCAUGGUUACGAAGUGAAAGAGAACAAUGAUCCCUUCAUUGACCUUGCAGACCGCGUUGUAACCAGUGCCUCGCAGACUACAGCUCCCGGUGCUUUCAUGGUUGAUAUUCUACCGUUCUUGGCAAAAGUCCCUACGUGGUUCCCCGGUGCUGGCUUCAAACGCCUAGCACGUGAAUGGCAUGAGAUCCUCGAAGAAAUGGUGUCUGCACCCCACAAGUUCGUCAAAGAUCAGAUGGCUGAUGGCACCGCCCCCAUGUCUUUCACCUCGAAUCUCCUAGAAGGCUGUGAUUUGUCUGCGGAAGAGGAACACACUGUGAAAUGGUCUGCUGUUUCCCUGUACGGUGGUGGUUCCGACACGACUGUUUCUGCAAUCUACUCGUUUUUUCUAGCUAUGACACUUUUCCCUGAUGUAAAGAAGAAAGCUCAGGCUGAAAUAGAUGCUGUUGUCGGUCCUGACCAAGUCCACCGCUGGAACGUUGUCAUUCCUACAGGAUUCCCCCACUGUGUGGCUAAAGACGAUAUCCAUGACGGGUACUAUAUUCCGAAAGGCUCCUUGAUAAUACCUAACGCUUGGUUCAUGCUCAACGAUCCACGGACAUAUGUGGACCCCUCACAAUUCAAUCCUGAACGCUUCCUGGCUAAGGAUGGAAAGGAUCCCGAGAUGGAGCCUCGAAUGGCCUGCUUCGGCUUUGGUAGACGUAUUUGCCCAGGUCUCCACCUUGCUGACGCCUCCAUUUGGAUAUCCAUCAUGAUGUCAUUAGCCGUGUUUGAUAUUUCAAAGGUUGUCGAGAAUGGUGUUGAGAUCACCCCCGAGGUUGAAGCCUUACCACUGGGUACGAUCAGCCACCCCAAACCUUUCAAGUGUUCAAUCACGCCUCGCUCUGCAACUGCCCUUGGGCUCAUUCAACAAGAUGCUAACUAUUAA